CUCGCGCAUGCCGCUGGCCGCUACGUCACUUCCGGCGCCGUGUUGUUGGUCUCCAUUUUCUAGGAAAAACAUCAGAGAGGAGAACGUCAGGCUGAGCAGUAAAAUGCUGUGAUGUUGGACAGUGAGACUGAAACCUGCUGUUGGGACGUGACCCACAGAGGUGUUUUCGUCCUCACAGCAGUGGUCCUGUUGGCAUGAUGCCUGAGACUGGUGGACGCUGAGCAGGCAGAAGGGGGUGUGUGUGUGUGUGUGUGUGUGUGUGUGUUCUGAGGAUCAUUUAGUAUGAAACAUGGCGGAACACAGAGCCGACAGUCCCGUCACCCUGAUCAUCCGCGCGCCAAACCAGAAAUAUGACGAUCAGCCAGUCAGCUGCUUCCUGGACUGGACGGUGGAGAAACUGAAGAAACACAUCACUAGUGUUUAUCCCAGCAAACCAUUGUCCCGAGAGCAGCGACUCGUUUAUUCCGGACGCCUUCUACAGGAUCACCAGCAGCUCCGGGACGUGCUCCAAAAGCAGGAUGAGUAUCACAUGGUCUACCUGGUGUGUGCACACCAGAAUCCCCCAGCUGACCCCUCAGUGACCUCUGACCCUGCAUCUACUAAUGCAGCCACUAGUGACCCCACCCCCCCUGGGUUACCGUCCAAUCAGAACGUCCCAGACCUCUCCUUCACAGGAAGUACAGACGGCGUUCAUCAUCGAGGAGGUUCUGCUCAUGCUCAGCAGCGGCCUGAGAGAUUGGCGCCCCCUGCUGCACUUCCUCCUCACAGCGUAUACUCUCCUGUGCAGAUGAUGUGGUGGCAGCGUGUGUAUGCGCAGCAAUACUACAUGCACUACCAGGCUGCAAUGGCCGCCGCUCAGGCCACACCUCCUCCUGUUAACCCUGGCCCAUCGGUCACGCCUGCUCCGGCCCCGGUUCCGGUUAACCCCGCCCCAUUGGAACAACCGGCGAAUCAGAACCCUCAGAUGAACGCACAGGGCGGGGCCAUGCCGAACGAGGAUGAGCUGAACCGUGAUUGGCUGGACUGGCUUUACACGGUGUCGCGGGCUGCUGUCCUCCUCAGCAUCGUCUAUUUCUAUUCGUCUUUCAGCCGCUUCGUCAUGGUGAUCGGGGCCAUGCUGCUCGUCUACCUUCACCAGGCAGGUUGGUUCCCCUUCAGGGUGGAGCUGCAGAACCCUGGAGCAGCAGACCGAGCUCCAGCUGAGAAUGACAGAAACCACAACAUGCAGGAAAUGGAGCGUAUUAUGGAUGAUGGUCUUGAGGAUGAUGCUGGUGACAGUGGUGAUGAAGGAUCUGAUGAAGCUGCUCCUCCUCAGCCGAGCUUCCUGACGUCCACAUGGUCCUUUAUUAGCACCUUCUUCACCUCGCUGGUUCCUGAGGGUCCUCCUCGUGCCGCUAGAUAAACAUCACGCGCGCGCACACAGUGAACUUUGACCCCUUACUGAUAUAAACACAUACAAAAACAGCAGUAUUGUGGUCAACAUGUCUGCCCUGGUCAGCUGAAUGAGUAAAGCUGCUCAAGAUUUUAAUCUCCACCGCUGUCCGGUUCUUCAUCAGGCGAGAGAACGAGUGGAACAUUGCUGCACUUGUCUUCCCCAUAACAUCAUAAGAAUUCUUUUUAAACAAAAGACUUUAAACUGACUAAUUCAGUUCCUCACUUUCGUUCAAUGUGUGUAAAUAAAUAUGUUCUAUUUACAGAUUUGAA